AUGAUGAGUGUCUAUGUCGAUUCUGUACGAGAUGUGGAAAUUUUGGCCAUACAAAAUAUCACUGCAGAGCAAGGCAAUGUGGCCGAUUAUACCCGUGAGCGAAGAGCGAAGAGCCCUUCAUCCACACCAGAAGGGCUUCUUCAGCCAAGCACGAAUACUUCAAAUGAAAGCGAUAUUUCACAGUCUAUUGCCAACGCUGAACCACCUAAGGAAAACCAACUGAAUGAGACCCCUGGUGGUGGAGGGCCUGCAACGACCAGAAACAACUUUACCGCAGGGGUAGUUGGGGAACCACUACAGCUCCAGAAUAUUGGGCCUGUCGAUCGUACACUCAUCCUGAAGCAACUCAUUUCAAAAACAGCAGAAAAGUAUGAAGGGAGUCUCAUAGCCAUUGGCCAGAACCCAGAAAGCCUAUCCGAUUGUGGAGUAUACCUCCACAUCCUUUGGAGGAAGAGCAACCCACAAAAUUUCUGGUUAUACGUUGGACAGGCAGCAGAGCUUCGAGAACGUAUUCGAACGCAUAACGAUAUCUACCGCCGGAAACGCAACCCAUCCCUGCAUUACCAUGUUUGGGACUCAGCUGAAGAUAUUGAGUCAGUAUUCGUCACACUAGGCUUCAGUGAAAAGCCAACAUCUGUCAAGACCCAGCUAUUGCUGAACCUACUCGAAAUGUGGAUGGCACUGGUCUUCCAAACACUGACAUCGGUGCACCUGGAUCAGUAUCUACCCGAGAGUGUGAACAAACUCUGGUCGGGGAAUCACCUCAACGUUGCACUGCCUUUGUGGCAAGGCUUCACAGAGGAGGACCAAGCUGUAGGCCUCGCAGUUGGUGGUCGAAUGUCUUUUCAGCAGCAUUUAUUUUCCGACGACCCGACAAUUCGUCAAUGGGCAGAAAAUGCAAGAGACGCGUUUAAUGAUAUCCGAAACUCUCCCGACGCUUUACUGAGACAGUAUUAUCAAAAUCUUCUCUCCAGGUGUCGAGCCCGGGGCCAGGAAGCCUCGCAGAGAAGAAAGUCGAUGAACAUCAUGAAAUACUUGGAACCAACAAAGACAACAGUAAAGACGUCCCAUGAAGGUGAACUAUGCGAAGUAUUAUGCGGUUCCUUCAGAUUUACAAUCUCACAGUUGCUUGGACUACAUUUGAAAGCUGGUGACCAAGUUUUCCUUCAAUUCCACCUAGCAGGAAGCCGUCACCCCAACGCCUAUGCUCAAUUGGCUGAAACAAGAGACCCAGCGAGUCGACUGGCAGUUUCAAUCAGCGGUCAUGAUGCCCAGGGAAGUUUCCACACCUGGCUCCAAACCCAGGGAAUUCGAAACGUCUACAAAAUGAAUUCUCUAGUGGAUGUGCUGGAGGGUUUUUCCUUCGAGGAAAGCCAAAAAUUCGAACGACGUUGGCAUUCAGUGAGGCUGGUUGCUGGUGAUGGAUCUUCACGGAAGAAUGUGUAUACUUGA